AAUUUGCGUUGAUAAAGCGAAUGAAAUUUAUGAAACCGAUUUUCAACAUCGAACAGUUUGAAAAAAUUCUUCGUUGAGGAUAGAUCGCUAUUUUUUUAGUAGGAGUAAAAACCGAACGAGAUAUUGGACAUCGAACCUCAGUAAAAAAAAAGCAAAAAUAAAUUAGCUUUCUUGUUUCGAAACAAGCAACAGAACAAAUCGAUCAAAAUGUUUAAAAGCCAUUUGGAAAUGAUUGGUCGCAAUGAGACCCCCAGCAAGAAGGCGAAAUUCUGGCAAUCCUACAUCAGAUCCUUGAAGGGAUCCGAAGAUAUCCGUGCUCAUGAGACACCACGCGCCAGCCGUCCAUACAGCUCGUACUUGGACUCGCCAGCCACAUACAGGAGCAUCUUCGAUGAGCCAGCUACUGCCAAUGAGCGCGUACAAUCGCACGGCUACAGAUACUUGCCAGUGAGCAGAGACACCUAUGGCUACUCGCCACGUGCCAUCUACGAUCAUCAUUACAGCAGAACAAUUCCAGCCAACUACGAUGCAGAGCGUGCUUGGAAUGAUCAUUUGAAGCGCAUGCAAGAAAUCGAACGCAGAUACCCAUCUCGUUAUGGUCUCUACUUGAAGGACAAGCCAUACACACCCAAUGCUUUGGUGCCAUUGGAAUAUGAGCCAGAAGAUAAGCUCCUCCAAGAACUCAACAAGGCUCGUCGCUCACCAUCACCACGUCCAGGACGUUGGUUACGUGCCGGCAGUGAACCCUAUGUACCACCACCAACAUACUGGGAUCGUGCACCAAGCGUGUCGCGUGCACCCUCGGCUUUUGAACGUGCACGCAGCUUGGCGCCAUCUUUGCUCGAUCGUGCACGCAGCCUGGCACCCAGGCCAUUGUUCCGUGCCAGCUCAUUGGAACCAUUGGAUGAACUCUUUGAUAGUAAGUUAGCUGACAGACCUUUUGAGCGUGCCGGCUCACCAAGUCCCACUCCCGUUAAGGCUGGCCGCUGGGGACCACGCCCCAAUGAAGUCUCCUAUGAUGCUAAUGGACUUCCAAUCUUCCAUCCACGCAAUCGCUUCAGGGAUCUAUUGAGCCCCAACCCCCAUGCACCCAUCUCAGCAUUCACACGCGAUCCUUUCUGGUGGGAUGUCGAUGAUUUGGUUCCCUUCCGUGCCCUCUCCGUGCCACGGGCCUCCAGCCCCAUUGCACGUGACUCGUUCUUGUCGCCGGUGAAGAAUCGUUAUUUGUGGUCGAGACAUCCAGCUAGACCAUUGACCCGUAAGUAUUUAUUUUAUUUAUAAAUUAAAAAAACAACA